AUGCUAGGUUUGCGAACUCAUGGUCUAGACAAAUAUGAACAUUAUGUCAGUCGCCCGUCGGAUUUUGGCAAGCUCGAGUUGCAGGACUGGUUGAAUAAUAAGACGUUCCGAGUUUCGCCAAACUUAUUGCACGAUUGCAAUCCCACACGUGAAUGGAACGAACCUGAACUCUUUUACCAGAGUGGAGAUUGCGCCUACACUUGGGUUGAGCCUUGUAAAGAGACAAAACUUGAGCCAUCAAUGAUGAUGCUCAGAUACCAUGACUCAAACAUUGGACAAAUGCCUCAAUCUUGCUAUCCGAUUACUACUCCAGUGGAUUCCGAACCACUGCUGAAAUACAUUAUGCAAGAACGUGCCGACCUGUCAAAAGAUUUCCCCCACAAGUACAACGCCUUAUUAGGUAGCCUCUUUGAUGUUGAUAAGAACCCGGAAACUCUAGACGACUCUGAUAUAGAAGCAUUAGAUGACACAGAAAUAUACGAUAGCAGUGAAGAAACACGAAUUGAACUGCAAACACUAAAUGAACUCCAACAAAAACACUCCAGUUUGAUAGUAUCGAACAAUGGGAUUUUUCAAGCAGGCAAUACACUAAUAACGAACAUACGACAUGGCAUAUCUAAUAGUUUAGCUAUCAAACCCAAUGACGUAGCGACUCUACUCUUGCUUACUCAGCCAAGUGGUCAUUUAUUGUCUCUUUUACCAUUGAACGACGAAAACGAGACGUAUCUACUACAAUACUGGAAUCUAGGACAAAGAGGCCAGUGGGACAUAAUAAAACAUCAGAACGAGAAACAAUUUGUUCUUAUACAUAAAGAACUGGGCAUUUGCAAAUUUUUCGAAUUUCAUUUGCCAUUCACUUUUCAAUUGGUGAACAACUUAACUUUGACAGAUUCAAUAAUCAUGAAUGGUUCCUUCUUUCCAACUGUUUAUUAUGAUUCUGAUCCAUAUUUCAUCAUUUUCGUAACAGCUAUAAGGUACGGGAGAAUUGUUUAUUUUGUGAUAGAAUGGAAUAGUAAUGAAAUAAAGAAAAAGGAAGUUUACCAAUUGACCGUAUUCGAUGGUGAAAAAACAAACAUGGCUCUCCCCAUUGGACUAAAUGCUUGUCUCGUUGAGACUCCGCUCAAAUUUUCCUUGGUCUCUGCAAACCAAAUCAUGUCUGGAGAAACUGAAUUUCACUCAUUCGGGCUGAAAGCUUUGAAAGGAAUCAAGUCGUUCUUUCCAGCUCCCUUAUUACUAUCAAAACUGCAAAAACUAGAUCCGGAUACGUUUGAAAAGUUUCAAUAUUGCACCGUGAUAUCUUCCUCAACAGGAAAUAUUUGUUUCUGUGUCACUGAACGAUCGACAAUAAUAAACGGCAACUUGAAAUUUUUCGAAUUGACGAGAUUCAAAGGGUUGAAGUCCAUUUCGUCAUUACCUUCAAAUCCACUGAAUCUAGAUUCCAAAUCUCCCAGCUAUAAACUAAUAGUGAUAAGUUUUAGUAGGACUUUGGAGCUAACAUUGACCUUAAGAGAUUUGAGAUGUUUGGAUACAAAAGAUAUCAUCAAACCUCUGAACAAUAUUACUUUUAAACACACAAUCGAUAGCUCGACCGAGGAAAACUUUCAAAUAUUAGCGUUUACAUCUUCCAAAACAUAUAAUACUCAUACAGGCUCUAACAUCAAUGAUAAAAGUAAUUCCCAAGUUUGGUUAACUUCACCAAAUGCAAUCACUCAGCCCUGUAUUGACUAUAAACUAAGGAAAGUUCACCAGAUUGUGCAUUUAAAGCAGUUUCAGAUUUUCAACCAUUUAAAAAUUUGGAAAUGUAAGAGUUUAAAUAUAUCUUUGUUGCAAAGGCUUGGAAUAGAACAUCAAAAGACCGAGAGCUCAUUGAUUUUUACGACUGAUGCCGUUUCAAAUAAUAGGAUGUGUUUAUUAGACUUGACCAUAACUGCAACUGAUGCCAAUGAUGAAUCUGCCCAAGGACUGAUAAAUAUAGAAGACUUGUUAUGCGACUCUGAAAACGAAACUAUCUUUUUAGAUUUUACUGAGAAGAACUUGAUUCAGGUUACCAGGAAUACAAUAUACAUUGAUUCUUUUGAUGCUGAUGGAACCCUGGUCAAGGUCUCUCCCGGCUGGGAAUUUGAAAACGUAGCAUACAAUGAUGGGAUCUUAAUAGUUUGGAAUACCAAACUGGGCCAAGUCUCCUAUAUUAAAGACGUAGAUGCAAUUGGUGAAUUUAGCACCCCUAUACUAUCCUUAAUCGAUAGUAAAUGCGUGAGCCUAUUCAUUAGGCAGCUGGGAACAGUGAAAAACAUAAAUUUUAAGAUUACAAAGUCUGCAGAUGAUCCGAUUGAACAUAUUAUUUGGAUUCUUUUGCAUGACAGAAUCAUUUGCACAUACUUUUCCAGUUGGAUAUCCGAUACAGUGGUCUUUUCUAAGGACUAUAACUCUAAAAUUCAGCAGGCGUUAAUUUUUGGUCCCCACUUUUGUGUUGUUGAUCAUGAAUCUUUUUUCCAAACAUACAGCUUUAAAAAUAAUCCUUUAAACAACGAUUUCAUAUGUACAAGCCGAAUAAAUUUUCAAGGCAAAGACGUAAAACUAAGAAAAUUUGGCCAGAAUCAAUGUUUGGCGUUUAAUUCGUUUGAAAUUUUUGUUAUUAAUCUACAACCAAUAUCGCAAAGUGAAGAAUUGGACUUUUACAAAUUAAAAUUACCGCAUUUAGGAAAUUUCAACUCUAUAAUAGAAGUUUGUCCAGACACAGACAAUAACCAGUUGUUCAUAUUGUACUCUGAUGGUCUGAGAAUCUUUGAGUUGUCAUAUCUAACCUCAAAUAAUGGAAAUUUCUUAUUGAAAUCUACAAGAAGUAAAAAUAAGAAAUUUUUGUAUCUAGACAAAAUCAACCGAAUGCUAAUACUUAACCAAGACUUAAGAGAAUGGGAAUGUGUAAGACUGUCUGAUGGUAAAGCGGUGAGUCUGGAUUCCCGAUUUCUCAAAGACGAUUCCGGAGAAAUCCUUGAAAUAAAAGAAUUACCAAUGGCUAUCGAAGAUAAUCCCUUAGAAAAAAAAAUAAUACUAUUAAUUACUUUUACCAGCUCACUUAAACUAGUUUUAUUAACUGCAGCCAAAAACAAGAUUUCUAAUGAAAUAAUACAUUCCUAUGAACUUGAAAAUUCCAGGCUACUGGAUCAUUUGGUUGUUACACCGCAAGGUGAAAUUUUUGUUUUGGAUUACAAAGUUAUGGGCACUGAUAAUGAAAUGUCCUUUAAUAAGUUAAAGGUUGUAAAGGACCAUGCUGACAAUGAAAAACACGAGAAUAGCGCACAUUUACAAAUCGCCUUGGAAAGAAGAUUUACGUUCAAGAGCUGGAGCACGGUGAAGACGUUUACAGUUGUAGGCGAUAAUAUCAUUGCUGCUACAAAUUUGGGUCAGAAGCUUUAUCUUAUCAAAGAUUUCUCCUUGACCUAUAAUGAAGGAACGAGAGUAUACCCUUUAGAGAUUUACCCAGAUUCUAAAGUUCAAAAGAUAAUACCGUUGAAUGAAUGCUGUUUUGUUGUUGCCGCUCAUUGCGGCAAUAGAAACGAUUUGGACUCCCGAAUAAUAUUCUAUUCCUUACCUACAAUAAAAGUUGGGCUCAAUAAUGAAACAGGCGCUCUACCAGAUGAAUACGGUAACGGGAAAGUCGAUGACAUAUUUGAAGUUGACUUCCCCGAGGGGUUCCAAUAUGGCGUAAUAAGCUUAUAUGACGUUUUGCAUGGAAAGAAGCAUGUAGAUAAUUCCGAUAGUGUCAUAGGGCCAGAUAACGAUGAAAUAGAGGACGCUCUUGCAAAGCGUAACAAAUCUCUGCUGUUUUGGCGUAAACAUCGCGCAACACCAAAGCCUACAAUACGAAGCGAUACUACCAUUGUAUAUGAGGAACAUGUAUCAUCCCGCUAUUUUGAAGAUAUAAGUUCUAUAUUAGGAAGUACCGCAAUGAGAACCAAAAGAUUAUCGCCUUACAACGCGAUAGCCCUAGAUAAGCCCAUUCAGGAUAUGAGUUACGACCUAUCGGCUCAGACUUUAUACGUGCUGAUGGCGGACCAAACUAUACACAAGUUCGGCAAGGAUAGACUGCCCCAUCAAGAGGGGUAUGAGCCCGGGUGGAACUCGGGUUAUUUGGUCUCAAAAAGGUCGUUAAUCAAGCCCGACCUCAUCUGUGAAGUCGGGUUAUGGAAUCUAAGCAACGAGAGAAAGAACAUGAUAUAA